UUUAGCUGCCCUCUUCUCCCACUUCUUUAUCACUGUUCUCUCCUCCGCCAUCAAAACCCUUAAACCUCUCUAUUCUCCUUCUCAUCAGAUCAUCUCAGCUCAGCUCAGCUCACAGGGUGUAAUGAAUCCUCAAAAUCCAUAUUACAACAACCCUUCUUUCUACUUCCACCCACCACCAAUCCCUAAUUAUCAAAACCCUAAUUACUUUCAUCCUCAUCAAAACCAUUAUCAUCAUCUUCAGCAGCAGCAACAACCAAUUCUCCCACCAAACCCCUCUUCUUCUUCUACUACUUUUACCACAACUAACGAUCUCAACACAACAUUAUCAAUUCUAAAAGACUUCAUCAAUCAAGCAAAAUCAACACUAGAAUCACUUCCUGAUCAAAUUAUUCUCAAAAAUUCACCCGACGAGUUUUGUUGUUGCCCAUUCAAUCCUAAUCAUAAAAUGCUUCCUGAGUUCUUGUUUCAUCAUUUUUUAAUUUGCACAUCUUCUCCUUGUGUCAUAAACCUUGAUAUUUUAGAUUCUUUACAUUACCCUAAAUCGAUUAAAGAGAAGAACAAUGAAUCUAUUCAACCAAUUGAAGAAUCUAAUGCUGAUGUUUGUUUUUCUAUAGAUAAUUAUUUGUUGGAUUUUAGGUCUAAUUUCUUUUACAAAGAAUGUCCUGCUGUUGUUUGUUCUUCGGAUUUUGAUACUAAUGAAAGAACGUUUAAGCUUCCGCGGGUUUUAUAUAAGUUAUGUUCUGAUUUUAGUGAUAAAGAGGAUACCAAGGUGGAACGGAGAGAGUGUAUGAAGAUUCUUCCUUCGGAAUUUUGGGCGAUGAGAACUGAAAUGGAGGUAUGGCAUGAGUUUCCGGUUUCGUAUUCAUAUGUUGUGAAUACAGUUUGUCGGUCUUUAGGAUUUGCUAAAGAAUGUGAAAUAUUGAAAUGGAUUAUUAUGAAUUCGCCUCGUUAUGGUAUUGUUAUUGAUUUGCACAUGAGGGAUCACAUAUAUAUGUUAUUCAAACUUUGUAUGAAAGCAAUUGAACGUGAAGCUUAUCGGACGUAUAAAUUGCUGUUAACUGGAAAUGAGGGAGAUAGAGAAUUGGAUUUGAAGUCUCUACGGUUUGAUUGUCCUGUUUUGCUUGAAGUUAUGGUGUGGUUAUCGUCUCAGUUUACGGUUUUGUAUGGGCAAGUGAAUGGAAAGUUGUUUUCUAAAGAAUUGCUUAAGUGGUGUCUACUGAAUGCUGCGUCUAGUUCGUUGUUACGUCCAUUGAAUGAAAAGGGGGGGACCGUUUGUGGGAAGGAAGGUUUAGAUUCGGGAUGUGUUAAUGAUGGUAAGGAUUUGGAGUUGGUUGGAUCAAUAGCCUGUGGGAAUGUCAAAUUAGAAGUUCCAGAUGAAAAUUUUAUUUUAGAGGUUUCGGUUUAUGAAAGCUCGGUGUUUGUGUCACAAGUUACAGCAGCAGUUUCUGCUUUGCAUGAGAGAUCGUUGCUUGAGGAGAAAAUCAAGGGGUUAAGGCGUGCUGGUUCACUUCCCAGAUCUCAGCUGCUAAAGGAACAUUUAUAUGUGUCAACGAGGGCUAUUGAGGAACGAGGGAAACGUCCUAAUUAUAGACCUAUUCUAGAGCAUGAUGGACUUCUUUGGCAGCGUUAUCAAAAUAAGGACUCAAAUAAGUCAAAGACCAGGGAGGAGCUGUUGGCCGAAGAAAGAGAUUACAAACGCCGAAGAAUGUCAUAUCGUGGGAAGAAAGUGAAGCGAUCAAAAACAGAGGUUUUGCGGGAUAUAAUCGAGGUGCACAUGAAUGAAAUCAAACAAGCCGGUGGCAUUGGGUGCUUUGUCAAAGGAUCUGCAGAGGCCGAGGUGUUUCCAUCUGGUUCAAUAUCUGUUCAUGAUAUGCCUGUAGUUGAUAUGCUAACAAGCAAUAGAGACUCAUCUGAACCUAGCAACAGGCCUGAAUAUGGUUAUGAGAAGCAAUCUUAUCCGCACCAUAGUGUCUCUGCAAGAGCUGAGUUUGUCACACCUAAAGAUCACAUAAGCAGGAGCAGUGAUGCAACACAUUCACACUUGGAGCAGGGAUAUGAGUCUCAGGGUCAGCAGGAUCAAGAGCGAAGUAUCAGAAAGAAUAAAGAAGAUAAAGAGUACAGGUGUAGAAGUCCAGAAAAUUACAGGAGUCGAAGAUCAUAUGAGCGACAUAGGCAUCCAGAUGACCAGGAAGAGAGUGGUAUCUCUGCAAGAAAAGAGUUGGGUACACCUAAAGAUAGCAUAAGCAGGAGCAGUGACGCAAAGCAUUCACACACCCGGCAGGGAUAUGAAUCCCAUGGUCACCAUGAAUCCGAGGAUCACAAGAGAAGUAUUAGAAAGAACAAACAAGAUAAAGAGUAUAGGUCAAGAAGUCCAGAGAGUUACAGAAGUCGGGGAUCCCAUGAACGGCAUAGGCACCAAAGGGAAAGAGAUGACCGGGAAGGGAGUAGGAGUAGUAAAUAUGAUAAAGGAAGCUCUGUGUCAUCUCAUAGAUCCAGAUAUCACGAUAGCAGAUCCACAUCGUCUGUCUCAAAUCCUGCUACUGAUUUAAGUGGGGGGAAGAAUGAUCAAAUAUCAGACAUUAAUGGUUACAACAAGAGGAGAACAUCUGAAAGGUAUAGAUCAGAAUCUGUAAGGGAAAAUGUUAUUGAGGAUAGAUAUGAUCCUUCAGGAUCCAAUAAUCGCUAUGAGGAUGCCAAUGACGACCCCCCUUCACACAGCCAGUAUGCCAGGUCUGACAAAUCAUACGAUUCUAAGUGAUUCCAGGCACUGUGAUGCCGAUUUGACUUCACUGCAAAAGGAUUUACUUUGCAUAAUCAAAGGAAUUCCUGGAAGCUUUCGCUGUUGUUUACGAAGUUAAUCAGGCUUCAGGGAAUUCUUACAUCUGUAUCCUCCCAUGUAUCCUCAAAUUUUCUAUGUUGAUAUUAUUGAACUCAUUUUGAUAACUAAAUGAUAUGAAGCUAAAUCAUGAGUAGGAUGGUGGUUAGUGUUGUAUUGAUUCGGAAAAUAACAUUGAUGCACAGAUAUUGGAAAAUUGAGCUUCGUAUUGAGUGUAGCUUUUGUUUGUGUGGACAUCUUAUUAUGGUAAAAACAUGUUUUGGAGAGGUUUUCAUGUUAUUUAAGUUAUUACAGGUUGGCCAAAUUGUAUACAAAUUCGAUCAUAUUUCCAAAUCAAUAAUGAAUUCAGCAAGGUGGAUCUUAUUAGCCCGUCCAGUCUAACUAGAGACGUAUCUUUAACUGAGGGUUGCAUUUUCAUCUUUUUAGUUUCCUCACCCUUAUAAAGCCUCAACUUGCAGUAAUUUGCUCUCUUGUGCUGGAAUAGUGCUUAUUUACAAAGUCCUUCUCCCAAUUUUUCAAUCAAAUCUUUAAGGAAUAGAAGAUGCAAAUGGAGGAAGGGAUCGAGUCAGUGGAACUGGAUGCAGGUCGGAGCUUGAUGUGGAAAAUCAAUCCAGGUAUAUACCAUUCUGAUUAGUUGGGCGCUUAGUUCAUUCGAUUGGGCAGCUCAGUUCAUCGUUUUAGCUGUGGUUAGUCUGUUAGCUUGGUUUCCAGUGAUGGUAAGAAGACUUCUUUUAGUUUGGUAAUUUCAGUACUUGUGUAAGUUUUUUUUGGGGUUUCCAGCGUAUAACUUAAAACUGUUGAGAUUUCAGUACUUGUGUAGAGUUUUUUCAGUACUUGAGAUUUCGGUACUUGUCGAAUUUCAGUUUAUUAAAUGAAUUUCAGUUUAACUUUUUGGGUUUA